CUCACCUCUCACAGCGCUGCUACGUCACCACGGGCCUCCGCUGGGACCUGCCAUGAAACCAAACCUGAAACAAUGGAAACAACUCAUGCUCUUUGGGAUAUUUGCUUGGGGACUCCUCUUUUUGGUCAUUUUCAUCUACUUCACCGACAGCGAGCCUGCAGACCCGGCGCCCAGUUCCUUCUCCUUCCUGGAAGCCCGCAGGCUGCUGCCCGUCCAGGGGAAGCGGAGGGCCAUCAUGGGAGCCAUCCACGAAGCCGCCUUUGCCCACGGCCUGGACCUGGGGGACCCCUUGAACGUGGGGCCCAGCCACCUGCAGAGGUGGGCCCCCCGGAGAGACGCGUUGGAAAAUGAAGAGGAGUAUUUUACAUCCCAGAUCGGGAGAAAAUCCCAAAGUGCUUUCGACCAGGGGCUGGACGAUGACUUUUUCGCUGCUGAUCAGCCAGGGGUGGCCGGCCACCCUCGGGAGGUGCUGCCGUUCACUGGGGCUUUGCCCGCGCGCCACGCCCAGAGGCUGCGAAUGAAGAGAAGGCGCUGGAAACAGAAGAGGAGUCCGGAGUUCGAGGACUGGGACAGGCUGUAUUCCACCAUGUCCAGGGCGUUUCUUUACCGGCUCUGGAAGGGCAAUGUCUCCUCUAAAAUGCUGACCCCUCGCCUGCAGAAGGCGAUGAGGGACUAUCUCAAUACCAACAAGCACGGCGUGCGCUUCCGAGGCAAGCGUGAGGCCAGGCUGAGCGGGCACCAGCUGCUGUGCGAGCUGAGGCGCAGGGUGCGCGUGCGGACGCUGGAUGGCAAGGAGGCGCCCUUCUCGGCGCUGGGCUGGGAGAAGCACGUGCCAGCCGUGCCCCUGAGCCAGCUGCACCCCCGCGGCCUGAGGACCUGUGCCGUGGUCAUGUCCGCCGGGGCCAUCCUCAACUCCUCCUUGGGCGAAGAAAUAGAUUCUCAUGAUGCAGUUUUGAGGUUUAACUCUGCUCCUACACGUGGUUAUGAGAAAGAUGUUGGAAACAAAACCACCCUGCGCAUCAUCAAUUCCCAGAUUCUGACCAACCCCAGCCAUCACUUUAUUGACAGCUCAUUGUAUAAAGAUGUCAUUUUAGUGGCGUGGGACCCUGCUCCUUAUUCUGCCAACCUCAACCUUUGGUAUAAGAAGCCAGACUACAACCUGUUCACUCCAUAUAUUCAGCAUCGCCAGAGAAACCCAAACCAGCCAUUUUACAUUCUUCAUCCUAAAUUCAUCUGGCAGCUCUGGGACAUUAUCCAGGAGAACACCAAGGAAAAGAUUCAGCCUAACCCACCGUCUUCUGGUUUCAUUGGAAUCCUCAUCAUGAUGUCCAUGUGCAGAGAGGUGCACGUGUACGAGUACAUCCCAUCCGUCCGGCAGACAGAACUCUGUCACUACCACGAGCUGUACUACGAUGCGGCCUGCACACUUGGGGCCUACCACCCCCUGCUCUACGAGAAGCUCCUGGUGCAGCGCAUGAACACCGGCGUCCAGGAGGAUCUGCAUCGGAAGGGGAAGGUGACCCUGCCAGGGCUCUGGGCGGUCAGCUGCCCCGCACCCAACUCUGCUCCCCACUCUUAGCAAGGAAUCCGGGGGAGUCAAUGUGCAAUAAGGUACUGCUGUGUACUCUGUGUCCCAACAGAGUACUUGAAGAUUGAUUGUAGACAAUGGAGUCUUGGGACUUUGAACUGUCAGUUAGUGGUGGCCAUAAGAAUUCUUCUAUUCUGAAGCCAUUAACUAUUUAUUACUGAUUUGAAUAUCAAAGCAGGAUUUUUUAAAAAACAGAAGCUGC